AUGACGAUGUUUGUUAGAAAUGACGAACUAUUUCAGCAGAAUAAUGAGCAGUUCGACUUUAAUAUAAAGUUUGAACAAGUAUUUCUUUCUAUUUUACCAUCCGUUCUGUUUAUAAUAGCUGCAUCAUGGAGGACAGUCGCUCAGGCUAGAAAACCUGUGUUAGUAAAAGCACCUUUUUUCCAGACCAUCAAAGUGGCGGCUAUAACCGCUUAUACCGUGCUUCAACUCGCACUUCUUAUUCUUGCAGCAGCAUUCGGCUUAUUCCAUACAGCAAGCAUCUUCAUAACUGCGUUAGUUCUCAAGCUGCUAUCAAGUAUUUCCAUGAUCCCUCUUACGGCUGUAGAACACAAUAGAUCCUCCCGACCAUCAGUGUUAUUAACAAGUUACUUGCUCUUGUCUCUGCUCUUCGAUGUGACGCAGGCAAGAACGCUCUAUCUAUCCUCAGCUACAUCUGCGGAGCUCUCCUAUAGCAAUCUCUUCACCGCCGCCGUUGUUCUGAAGGCAGCAAUACUGGUCUUAGAAUCCAGGAAAAAGUCUAGAUGGAUGAACUGGAAUGAGAAAGAGCACAGUCCAGAGGAAGCCAGUGGCAUCUUGUCGCUAGGUGUCUUCUUCUGGUUGAAUAAGCUAUUCCUAGACGGCUAUAGGAAAGUUAUGUUGCUUGACGACCUCUACUCCCUUGAUAAGUCCUUAGACCCCGAAAUAAUCCAUGAGAAGUUCUCUCGUAAUAUGGAUUAUUCUAAAAUGAAGGGUGACAAGUUCGGCCUUACUAAAGUUCUCAUGCGCACACUCAUAGGACCCCUUCUUCUUCCCACAAUUCCACGCCUAGGCCUACUUGGAUUUACACUGGCUCAACCUCUUUUCAUUGAGCGGCUGCUGGAUUAUCUGGCCCAGGACACACUCGACCCAAAUACCGGUUACGGGUUCAUUGGAGCUAGCUUCUUCAUCUAUGCAGGAAUUGCCCUUUGCUGGGCCUUUCAUCGAUAUUAUCAUCAUAGAAUGAGAACUAUGUUGCGAUCAAUACUAGUCACGGAUACUUUCAUCGCAGCCACAAAAGCCCGUAUUGGGACGAGCGACGACAAUGCUGCGUUGACUCUCAUGAGCACUGAUAUUGAACGAAUAAGAAUGGGUUUCAGACAACUGCAUGAUAUUUGGGCAAGUGUGCUCCAGGUUGCAUUGUCUUCGUGGAUGCUAUACAGUCGGGUUGGCGUGGUCUUCGUCGCUCCUAUUGGAGUGGUAAUCUUCUGUUUCAUCUGCCUGGUGAUUGUCAUGAGCUUCAUCGGAAACGCACAGAGAGACUGGAUGAUAUUGGUCCAAAAACGAGUCGGCCUGACUGCUACAGUAAUUGCUAGCAUGAAGAACCUGAAAAUAUCCGGCCUUUCCUCCCCGGUUCGUCAAUUUGUGCAAAAGCUUCGGGUUGAGGAACUAAUAGCCGGAGUCCGAUUCCGCAAGAUAUUCAUCGCAGCAGCUCUUUUCGGGUUCAUUCCACUGCUUUUGAGUCCAGCUCUGACCUUUGCGUUGACUCAAAGUCGACUGGAUGCCUCACGGGUAUUCACGAGCCUUUCAUUUCUUACGCUUCUGACUAUGCCUUUGUCUCAAGUGUUCCAAUCAAUCCCCGAAGUGAUCUCCGCUCUGGCCUGUAUAGGUCGAAUUCAGGCGUUUUUGGAGGGUGAAACGCGUGAUGAUUUCCGCCAGGUUUUGGCCGAUAUAAAGCGGCAUUCUGGAAAAGCUCCAAUAGAGGGUAUACUUCCUUUUGAGUCAAAAGUGCUCAUAACAGAUGGAAGUUUCGGUUGGAAAGCAGACAAACCAGUCUUACGAGAUGUGAACAUCCGGAUACCAAAGCGCUCGCUCACUGUUGUCGUCGGACCUGUUGGGUCAGGAAAAUCUACCCUCUGCAAAGCGCUGCUAGGGGAGAUUCCAUUCCACGAAGGCCGAAUUAUUUUGGAUGCACGUAUUCCACAUGUUGGAUUUUGUGACCAAACAGCGUUUUUAUCCAACGGAUCAAUCAAGGAUAAUAUUAUCGGGUUUUCUUUAGUCGACGAACUAAGGUACGCCGAAGUCAUCGAUGCUACAGCCCUAGCUUUCGACUUUGCCACUUUCACAGAAGGAGAUAGAACAAAUGUUGGAUCUGAUGGCAUCUCCUUGUCCGGAGGCCAGAAGCAACGCGUUGCUCUCGCGCGAGCUUUGUAUCUACAGACAGACUUUCUCGUUCUUGACGACAUCUUCAGUGGUUUAGAUGUUGAUACGGAGCAGCAAGUGUUCCGUAAAGUUUUCGGCACGGAAGGGCUUCUCACGCGACGACGCUCUACUGUUGUUCUAUGCACUCAUAGUGUUCGACACUUGCCUGCGGCAGACUACGUGAUCGUGCUUGAAGGUGGCAUCGUUAGCGAACAAGGCACCUUUAACAAGCUUAUGGCAAAUCAGGGCUAUCUCCAGCGUCUCGGCUUGAAGAAGUCUUCAGAGAAUAAUGCUCGGCCAGAACGGUCCGUCGCCAAAGAGAAUAUUCAAGAGUUAACUUUCGAAGAAAUUAGGACGACGCUACCUAUUGUGAACACCACACCCAACGCGGACGCGUCUCGGCAGGUUGGGGAUAGAACAGUAUACAAGCAUUAUAUGAUGAACAUGGGAUGGUCCGUGGCGGUAUCUGCCUUGUUCUUUGCCACGCUAUGGGGCUUCUUAUUAAACUUUUCUACGAUCUGGCUCACGUACUGGGUCGACGAUAUAGAUGCGGAAAAUCCGGCGCACUCCCAUGCUUUCUGGGCUGGCAUAUAUGCUUUGCUUCAAAUCGGCGCUUUGAUAUCAUUAUUUCUCCUCGGCGCCUCAAUCUGGGUUGUCUCAAUCAAACGUGCAGGUGCCAAUCUUCACCAAGAUAUCUUACGCACACUGUUCCGAGCAACAUUGCGCUUCUUCACUGAAACUGAUACUGGCGUCACCACAAACUUGUUCUCGCAAGAUUUGAACCUUAUCGACACAGAAUUGCCAGAUGCAACGGUCAGCACUCUGUUUUCGAUCACUCAAGUUAUCGGGCAAAUGGCUAUCAUGCUCACGUCGUCUCUGUACCUUGCAAUCAGCUUUCCGUUCCUUAUCGCUCUUCUUUAUAUGGUGCAGAGAUUCUAUUUGCGUACAUCGCGACAGCUACGAUUGCUCGACUUGGAAGCUAAGAGUCCUCUGUAUACACAUUUUCUUGAUACUGUCAGAGGUAUUGCAACUUUACGGGCAUUCGGCUUUAUUCCCAAUGAUGUUUACAAGAAUUUCCGGCUACUUACUUCCAGUCAGAGGCCAUCGUAUCUACUUCUCAUGAUCCAGGAGUGGCUGAAUCUCGUUCUCAACGUUGUCGUCAUGCUACUCGCAAUAGCCCUUACAACGCUCGCAGUUCGCCUCCACUCCAAUUCUGCUUUCGCUGGUGCUGCUCUGUACAGUCUUUUGAGCUUCGGCGAAAAUCUUGCCGGUAUUGUCCUUUUCUGGACCAGUCUCGAGACCUCACUUGGGGCGAUUGCAAGACUCAAGACGUUUAACGAUACUGUGAAGCCGGAAGACAGAGACGGAGAGAGUAUCAUUCCACCUGAAAACUGGCCACAGCGUGGUGUGGUGGAGCUGAAGGGGGUAUCCGCUACCUAUUCCCCCGAAUACCACGAGGGCAGCACAACUCGUCUUGCCCUCCAUAACAUCCAUCUGACGAUCAAUUCUGGGGAGAAGGUGGCCAUCUGCGGUCGUACUGGCAGUGGUAAAUCUAGCUUUAUUGCCUUGCUUCUCAAGCUGCUCGACCCCACAUCAACAACGGCUGGGAAUAUAGUGAUUGAUGGCCAGCUGCUCCAACAUUUAAACCGAUCUGAGCUACGCCAACGUAUCAUCGCGGUGCCCCAGGAAACUGUCUUCUUGCCCGAUGGAUCUACCUUUCAGGCUAAUCUUGACGUAUCCGAAGAAGCAACGCGUGAGGAAUGCGAGGCUGUGCUUAGAGCUGUCGGUUUGUGGGAGUUUGUUCAAGAGCGGGGUGGUUUGGACGCAGGCAUGAAUGCGUCUACCUUUAGCGCUGGACAACGGCAGCUGAUGUCGCUUGGACGUGCUCUGGUCAGGCGCUCUAUUCGACAACGAAAGUAUGCUACCGGUACAGAACAUGGUGGCAUCUUGUUACUAGAUGAAGUCAGCUCCAGCGUGGAUCAGGAGACAGAGCGUGUAAUGCAGCAGACGAUCAAGACUGAGUUCAAAAACUAUACAGUUAUCGCGGUUGCCCACCGGUUGGAUAUGGUAAUGGAUUUUGAUAAGGUGGUCGUUAUGGAUAGAGGGGAAAUUGUUGAAAUGGGUAUUCCGGCGGUAUUAGCACAAGAGGCGGGGAGCAAGUUUGGAGAUUUGGUGGGAGCAAGGAAUCAGUAGAUAUGUGAAUAAUCGGACGUCGUCGUUGCGUUGGCAUAUACGGUACGUAAAUUCGAGCGUCUUCACUAAGUACCUACUCAAGAGUUUAGAUCUGGG